AACUCAUUAUUUCCAUACGUCAACAACAACCUACUAUUUAUCUACAUCAGUCUGUAUUUUCACAGUGCUUUUUAGCGAUUAAUAUAAAACAUACUUGAUGCAACUAUUAUAAAAUGGAUGAAUAUCGUUUUAGACAAAGUGACAAUUAUAAACUUGACAGUGAACCGAUCCGUGAAAGCCCAAGAAAGACACCCUCAAAACGAGGGCGAAAACCAGCAAAGGUAGAUGUUAAGGCAAAAUUGGAAAGGAGCAGACAAAGUGCCAGGGAAUGUAGAGCAAGAAAAAAGUUGAGAUAUCAAUACCUCGAAGAAUUGGUCAGUAGUAGAGAGAGGGCAAUCAUUCAAUUAAGAGACGAACUUGAAAGGUAUAAACUAUGGGUUAAACAAAUGGAUAAAGAUUGUGUUCCAAAGGAGGUUUUUCAAAUGUUGGAGCGACAUAAUCGAACACAAAUAGACAACUCAGACACAGUUUGUCUUUGAAUAUCAUAUGAAUCUUGAUAUCUGAAUGACUGUACCAUAUACAAAAAUUGGCAUUUAUUUCUAAAUCCUGCAUAAAUUUGUGUGAAAAACGCAAGCUGUGAACAUUGUAAAUAACUGUAUAUACUUUUACAUGAAACCUUCACGUAAACAACGCUUUUUUCUUUACUUAACAUAAUAAAAAGCUGAAGUUUUGGGACAAUCGAUUAAUUAUGUUGAAUUUGAAUAUUGUGAUUGCCAUUCAAUCCUUAAAUAUAAAUAUAUAUAUAUAUAU